AUGAGUGUUGAAGAGAAGAUACACCUUGUUUAUGAACUAUCAACACAACCACAUCUAGCUACUGAAGUGUUGCAGGCAUGGAGCCGCAAAGACAUUCUACAGAUCUUAUGUGCUGAACUAGGCAAAGAAAGAAAGUACACUGGCUUGACCAAAGUCAAACUCAUUGAGACACUUGUGACAAUUGUAUCCAAGAAAACCUCUGAAGACCAUGAUGGGAACAAGAGAGGUUCUGAUUCUUUCCUUAGAAACUCAAAGAGACCAAGGAAGGUUGAUAACCCUAGUCGUUAUGUGGUUACAACGGUCAACACUGUUAUCUACUGCAACAAUUUGGCUUGCAGGGCUAAAUUGAGACAUGAAGACUCGUUUUGCAGAAGGUGUUCUUGUUGUAUUUGUUGUAAGUUUGAUGAAAACAAAGAUCCUAGUCUCUGGUUAACAUGCAGCUCUGACCCUCCAUUUGAAAGUGAUUCUUGCGGAUUCUCUUGUCAUCUUGAAUGUGCUUUCAAGAGUGACAAGUCUGGUCUGACAAAAGACAAGAAAGGUGAAGAGUGCUGCUUCUACUGUGUCUCUUGUGGUAAACCAAACAGCUUGCUUGAAUGUUGGAAGAAGCAAUUAACUAUUGCUAAAGAAACCAGAAGAGUGGAUGUGCUUUGCUACCGUCUUUUAUUAGUCCAGAAACUAAUAAAGGACUCUACCAAGUUCCCAAAUGUAUCUGAGCUUGUGGACAAAGCUGUGAAGAGUCUUGAAGCUGAUGUGGGUCCUCUCUCUGGUCUCCCUAUGAAAAUGGGUAGAGGUAUUGUAAACAGACUAGAAUCAGGACCUGAUGUGCAGAAACUUUGCUCUUCUGCUCUUGAAUCUCUUCAACCACUUGAAACUCCACCUCAUGAAGCUUCUGCAUUGCCUUCUUAUGGGUUGAGCAAUGAGGUAUCUGCAAAUAAAGCAACCACAGUACCAGCCAAGAUCAGAUUUGAAGAUGUUAACGCCACUUCACUCACUAUAAUUCUAGCUUCCAACGAAGUUACCUCACCUGCAAACAUCGUUCAUUACAGUAUAUGGCAUCGUAAGGUCAUUGAGAAAGAGUACCAAGAGAAGUCUACUUGCACAUUGUUUACUCCAAACGCGAGGUUUGUUGUCUCUGGACUAGCUCCAGCGUCUGAGUAUUGCUUUAAAGUUGUGUCUUAUAGCGGAACACGAGAGCUUGGAGUUGAUGAGAUCAAUGUCUUGACGCGUAGUCCUGAAGAAAGAAGCGAAAGCCCUCUCACAAACUGCAGCACAUUGUCUUCAAACCCUUCUUCUGUUGAAUCUGAGUCUUACAUUGCUCCUCAGAAUCUCUUACAGAACAACAAACAAGAUUCUAACAUUGUCCAAACUGAGAAGAAUGUUGAAGGGAUCAGUGUGUUGUUGGAGUGGUUUCAAGAAGCUGUUCCGGUUACUACGACCAAGAACAGUUCAGAUGCUAGUUUACCAAUAACUCCCUUCAGGUCAGACCAAACCAAGAACCGUCAAGCUAGAAACGGUAAACCGGUUAAAAAAAACGGUGAUCAUCACUCAGCAAACGGAGGAACAGAGAGUGGUUUUAAGCAUUGCGUGAGUGUCAUAAGACAGCUUGAGUCUUUAGGACACAUUGAGAAAGAGUUCAGACAGAAGUUUCUGACUUGGUAUGGUUUAAGAGCAACGCCACAAGAGAUUAGAGUUGUGAAGAUGUUCAUUGAUACAUUUAAUGAUGAUCCUAUGGAUUUAGCUGAGCAGCUGCUUUAUACUUUCAACGAACAUGUUUUGGCUAAGCGUUCUGCGAUUGGAGCAUCUGCGGUUGUCAAAUCUGGAUUCUGCAUGAAGUUGUGGCAUUAGAGAGAUAGAGAUGUGCGUCUGCGUUCUGUUUUUUUUUUCUCACUUAAAUCAUUUUCAAGACUAUUUAUUGGGAAGUUUGCAUUAUUGGAACAUUUCCACGCAAGGAAAAUACUUUUGGAAUCGAAUAGUAGUUUUUUUGGUUUUUGGUUAUUUAUUUUAGUGGGGUUAUAAAACCAAUUAUAAUUGCAUUGACUUAUCAAUUAUGUUAUUUAAUGAUUU